ACAUGAUCGGCCCGGCUGUUUAAUCUUUUAUGUUUCUACCAAUAUAUAUUACCAAUCUGCCACACUACAAAGCCUUCAUCAAUUCAUCCUUAACUCCAACCAUAUAUAUAUAUAUAUAAACCCCACUAGACAUUACCCAUUUAUAUGUAUGCAUUCUUCUCUAACGACUCUUCACUUAAACAACCUAGCUAGUUAAUUAGCUACUUCAUUUAUUUUCCUUAAAUAUCAAUUAACAAAAUCUUAAUCAAUUAAGGCUCGAUCGAUCUCUAUAUAUUUUGAUCAUAAUGUCGAGCAGGAGGUCAGGCGGAACUCCAAGGAUCACCGAUGAGCAGAUAGUUGAUCUCGUCUCCAAGCUGCAACAACUUGUUCCUGAGCUAAGAAACCGGCGUUCCAACAAGGCAUCGGCUUCGAAGGUGUUACAAGAGACAUGCAACUACGUGAGACACUUGCACAAGGAGGUUGAUGACCUUAGUGAUCGUCUCUCCCGGUUAUUAUCAACCAUUGAUGACGAUAGCCCUCAAGCUUCCAUUAUUAGGAGUCUAAUUAAUUGAUUAUCAAGUACAAAUAUAUACAAGUAAUGCAUAAGUCUAAGUAUUAUUUCAACCAUUUUCUUACUUCACAUAUAUGUUAGUUGUCUUAAUUUGUAUUUCAUAUGUCAAAAUGUCAAAUCAUAUAUAUAGUUUAAAACAAUUAAGGAUACAUAUAUAUGUAUCUUUAUAUUUGUAAGUUUAUGUUAGUUUCUUCCCUCAAUGAAUUUUUAUUUGUGAUUA